AUGGAUCAAGUAAACGUAACACGCAACGAGACAGGCAACGCGACGGCCGCCGACGAAUAUGAGUGGACCCAAGAGGUCAUGUUUAAGAUCCGCACAGCUGUGCUCCUUCUCAUCGUCAUCAUGGCUGUGCUCGGUAACUUACUGGUUAUCGUCAGUGUCAUGAGGCACAGGAAACUUCGCGUCAUUACCAACUACUUCGUCGUGUCGCUCGCGUUCGCCGAUAUCCUCGUUGCCAUGGUAGUGAUGCCAUUUAACUUCAGUGUACAAUUCUACAACGAGUGGAUUUUUGGAACUGUCAUUUGCGACUUAUGGAACUCCUCCGACGUGUAUUUCACUUCCACAUCGAUACUCCAUCUUUGUUGUAUAUCUGUGGACAGAUACUACGCUAUUGUGAAACCGUUAAAAUAUCCUAUCAAGAUGACGAAAAAGAUGGCGUUCGUGAUGUUGGCUGCAACAUGGUUGAGUCCAAUAACAAUAUCCUACGCUCCAAUAUUCAUGGGUUGGUACACAACCAAGGAAUACAUCCAGACUAGAGAACUCAAUCAGUGUGAAUUCAAAGUAAAUAAACCGUAUGCUGUCAUUUCUAGCUCCAUAUCCUUUUGGAUACCGUGUACCAUCAUGAUAUUCACUUACCUAGCCAUAUUCAAAGAAGCUAAUAGACAAGAAAAGGCACUACACGCCAGAGCUGGUAACGCCAUGCUUAUGCAUCGACAUUCCCGAGAAGUUGGAGAUAAAAAUGGUGCACUACAUAUAAAUGCAAAUACGCCAACAAAAGAUAGAAAUAUAUUAAAGAUGAAGAGAGAGCAUAAAGCAGCGAGAACUUUGGGCAUCAUAAUGGGUGCCUUUAUACUUUGUUGGCUGCCAUUUUUUCUUUUCUACGUGUCAACAUCAUUGUGUGAUACGUGCCAAUAUCCGGAAGUGGUAACUGUGAUUAUGUUUUGGACUGGUUAUUUUAAUUCAGCCUUGAAUCCUAUCAUAUAUGCGUACUUUAAUAGAGACUUCCGUAAUGCCUUCAAAAACACUUUAGCUUGUGCGUUUUGUAGUUUUUGUAAGCGCAGUGCUUCAGAUUUGGACGCUAUGGAGCGUUUGGAUAGGCGCAGCUCUGCACAAUUAAGAGUUCCUAUCCCAUCAAGAAGGGCAUCGGAUCUAGCAUCACUUUGA